CCAAAGUCUUCAUCAAGUCUUUGGAAUUUUAGAUUGAAGUAUAGAUGAAGUCUAGAAUUUGGUUCCAUUGCCUUUAAUUUAUUCAUCAACAAACUUUGGGUUUAAAAUAAACCAUGACAAACUGGCCUAGCCUGGGAAAUAUAGGCCACAUUUUUCAUACAACGUAACAAAAAACUCUCAGCUCCGAUCCCAUCCCCGGCCACCAUGUCCAAUAUUUCAGGCGACCAAAAAGAUGUUUGCCAGCGCGGAGUGGUCUUACCCCUUCUAGACAAUGCGGUGCUCAACAGAAUUCUGGACAUUCACGGCCCAGAAAACAUUGAAUUCAAUAUGUCCCCUAUCAUCAAAGUCAUUCAGGAUAUCGUCUACAAAUCCGAUCCCUUCCCAGAUACUGAUCGUGAGAAACCAACGUUCAGAUAUGAAGACGUCAUGAAGACGAUGCACGAAAGUCUUGCAUUUAAAAUCAGUGUCAUUUCAUGCGAGAUAUUGGGAAGUUGUUACAGGACAGAAGACAUACUGGAAACAACGUUGUCUAUGUUUACUGCACUGUCUAGCUAUUCAUGGAUGGCGAAAGGAGUAGUGGCCUUGGCAGCUUUUGCCGUAAACUAUGGACAAUUCCGGCUGGUUGUCGAGCCACGUUCUGGCGGCGGCGACGAUACAGCUACGGUGGUGGCGUUUCUGGAGCAAGUGCCUGAGGAAAUGUGUAAAACGGAUUUGUAUAGAGAUAUUACGGACUUAGCCGACGCCUUGCUGCUUUUGAUUAGGACAAUUUGGAAGCUGAGCUGUUUUUACACCAAAUUCAUCAAGCCUGGUGGAGAGGCAAUAAAAAGGCUUAAUCAUCAACUCCCCACCAUUAUCAGUUGGAUAAUUCAGAGUAUCGUCGUCUGCCAAUCGCUAAUCACAAACCUUGCCCACACCGGAUACGAGUACAUGUCAUCAAGUGCAGAGGAGUGGGAGCUAUCUUGUCUAAAGCAGAAAGUGACAUCUUAUUUCAAUGAAUUUGAAAUUAGUGCGGCUGAGGAGCUAGCCAACCUUUUUCCAAAGGAUAACAUCACCGUUCUAAAACAAGUGAUUUGCUCGGAGGAAAUCAUGAAUAUGGCACUGUCUGUAGGUGCUAGCACAGAACAGGGUCCCCAAUAUAUAAAGAGUGAAGUGGAGGAGGGGAGUGCAGCAGCUGUCCCCAUACUGGUUCCGCCCAUGAGCACAAAACAGCCCGGAUUAGCCAAAGUUGAUACUCUGGAGAAGAAGCGAGUGCUGCUAUACCUCUCAGCCCUUGAUCUAGAUGAUGCUGAGAUCAAAGCCGUUGAAAGGAUAAACGAAAUUGUCCAGAAAUCCAACAUGGUGUUGGUGUGGUUGCCUGUUCUGGAUAAGCCUGAGGACUGGAAGAAAGUUGAAGGUAAAGACAACACAGGAUUAUUCGAAAAGAAACGAGGUUUAAUGCCCUGGCAUGUGGUACGGAAGCCUCAAUAUCUUGAUCCCACCAUUAUUGCCUUCAUCAAGAGUAGCUGGAAGUUGGAGAAGAAGUCCAAGAUCAUGGUAUUUAACUCAGAAGGCAAACUGGAGACGGAUAACGCCUUGCCUAUGAUUCUGGUUUGGGGAAGCUUGGCUUCUCCUUUCACAACAUCCAAGGAAGAAGAGCUUUGGAGAUCUGAGAAACAAUGGAAUUUAGAGUUACUGCUCACGGCUCCUAUGCGAGCCGAUCUCAAGCUAAAUAUUGACGGAAAGAAAUAUAUCUGCCUGUUUGGAGGAGAAGAAGUAAACUGGAUCGAGCAAUUCACGGAGCUAACAGAGUCCACCGUGAAAGAUUCAGGAAUUUCCAUGGAGAUGCGUUACAUAGGCGGGAGCAUCCCGAGGAACACGGAGGAAAUCCACAAAGCCAAAGUCGCAGACAGUUGGAACAACAUAUUCAUAGACAGCAGUUUGAGUUGGCUAUUCUGGGCGAGGAUCAACGUUAUGUUCGACUACUGUCUGAAACGAGGAAUCAAUUGGGACAAAGAAUCCGGCAAUCCAGUCCUGGAGGGACUGGUGACAAUGCGCAGCUUCGACAAAAGCCGGCGCGGAUGGGCGAUGAUAUGCAAAGGGUCGGACAAAAUUACUAGGGCUUUUUCCGAUGUUAUGCUCAAGUGCUUCGAGGAGUACGAUGAUAAAUGGAAGAGAGAGGUGAAGGGAGGGAAAGAUUUUCAUGAAGCGCUCAAGGCGCGUGUCGAACAGAACUGUGAGACGCUGUACUUUCCCCAGGCGUCUGAAGGGAUACCUGAGAAGAAGAUCUGCCUUGUGUGUAGGCGCGUGAUGAGGAAAUCGUUCACGUUUAGUUGCUGGGGCGAGGAUGAUGCCGGCGACGGAAAACAAGAGACUCCGGCCAAAACAAAGGAUGCCGGCUCUGCCAUGGCGGACAGUGCUGGAUCAUCCCGUGCAAAUCAAAGUUGAGAUACUUCAACAACAUAGAAAUAGUGUAAAACUUAUUGCAUAUCUUAUCUUCAUCAUAACUGGUUUUUUUAUGAACUCUGUUUCUCUGUAUUACUGUAUUUUAAUUUGUUUCUUCUUUCUUUGGAUUGUACGUGUUGAAUUGGUCCAUUCCCUCCAAUGUAAAAAUGUGUGUGUUUUUUUUU